UGGCCAUAAAAGGGUCUCUUGGGUGAGCAGGCACGCUUCACCCCAGGACUUAUUUUGUUUUUUUACCAGCCAGAAGCCUGGUGGCUGCAGAAGCUAGACCCUCCUCUCCGUCUCCCAACGCUCGACUUUCCCACCGCUCGAAUUAAUUAAAGACACCUGAUCACCAUGGCAACAACGAUCUUGCCUUUUUACCAGAAGAGGCAUAAACAUUAUGGCUAUGACUACCGCAGCACUGACAGAAGCCUCAUCAAGCGGUACACCAGCAAAAGCAGCUCAACUAAAAGAUCUUCAUCAGAACUUCAAGUAUCUUCAGCUGCAUCCCAGAUGGCCAAAUUCAGUCCAUGUGCCAAGAGGGUCUGCCAUUAUCCCAUGGAAGAGGUUCCAGAAUACACAGUGCCCCCAUUUACAAGCAGAGAAGGUGAAGAGGAACCACCGAGGGUUAAAGCGAGAUCCUUUGCGUAUGGCACCAAGCUCAGGGCCAUGGAGGAUGAGAUUGCCAGGCUGAGCAGAUCUGUUCAUGAGAAAGCGGACAUGCUGGCUCUUAAAAGAAUGGAAGAGGAGAGGACAGCGUUGCAGAGACACAUCCGUGAGGAUACUAUAUGCCGUGCUCCUGAAUUCCUGGUCCGUUUACGGUCCCACACCGUCUGGGAGAACUCCUUUGUGAAAUUGUUUUGUACUGUCCAAGGAUUUCCGACGCCCCUGGUAAGAUGGUAUAAAGAUGACAUCUACAUUGACCAGACAGGAAUACCAGCCAAAUACAGGAUGGAUAGUUAUCAUGGUGUCCACUCCUUGGAGAUUAACAGAUGCUCGACCAACGACACAGCGCAGUACACGGCUGUGGCCUUCAACAUCCACGGGGAGGCUUCGUGCUCUGCUGCCGUCAUUGUCAAACGAUUCCGAGGCGAUGAGGAACCUUACCACUCGGUCCUGCUGCCAGUGAAACUUCCACUGCUGUCACCCCCCAUUUUCACACAGAUAGACAUCCAGUACAGUGAGAAAUUUGGGGUGAGCUUCGGAACUGAAGGGGAGACGAUGAUCCUGACCUGCCGAAUGAUCCUGACUCCGAACAUCCACCGACUCCAGCCGGAAGCCAUUUGGUACAGGGAUGAUGUUGAGAUAAAGAAGUCGAAGUGGGCCUCGAUGCAGUAUGCAGAAGGCACUGCCAUCCUCACCCUGCCUCACCUGAAUAAAGAUGAUGAGGGCCUGUACACCUUACGCCUGAUUACCAGGGGAGGCAUUUCCCAGCACAGUGCCUACUUGUUUGUGAGAGAUGCCGCCGCCCCAGUGGCUGGAGCCCCAGGAGCACCUAUGGAUGUCAUGUACUACGAUGCCAAUAAGGACUACGUCAUCCUCGCCUGGAAACCACCAAACGUCACCCAUGAGAGCCCUGUGAUCGGAUAUUUUGUCGAUAGGUGUGAAGUUGGGACAGACAACUGGGUCCAAUGUAAUGAUGCUCCGGUUAAAACCUGCAAGUACCCUGUGACUGGCUUGUUUGAAGGCCGGUCCUACAUCUUCCGUGUACGAGCCGUCAAUAAGAGUGGGAUCAGCAAGCCCUCCAGAGUCACGGAUGCUGUGACGGCUUUUGACCCUGCUGACUUCGCGAGGCUUCAGACCAUCCACUUUGAUGCAAGUAGACAGAUCGUGAUUUCCCAGGAUGAUCUGGAAGGCGAUGUGAAGAUCCCUGGCCCACCCACAAAUGUGCACGCAGCCGAGACCAGCAAGAAUUACAUCGUGCUCAGCUGGGAACCCCCGGAUCCACGGGGCAGGGAUCCACUGAAGUACUACGUUGAGAAGACAAUGGCCGGCAGCUCCUCCUGGCAAAGGGUCAAUGUGGAGGUUGCCGCAAGAUCACCACGACUUGCAAUCUUUGACUUGGCUGAAGGGAAGUCCUAUCAAUUCCGUGUCUUUGCGGUGAACAAGUUUGGUAUGAGCGAGCCAUCGGAAUCCACUGAGCCAAUCCUGGUUCAGGAUCACAUCGAGAUCCCGUCUCCUCCAAGUGACGUCCGAUGUGCAAGAAACACCAGGCAUUCGGUAGUCGUGCAGUGGCUGCCUCCAAAGAACAGCAGUGAGCUGAUUGGUUACUACAUUGACUCCUGCCUACUGGGAACCAGUGACUGGCAGCCGUGUAACCAUAAACCGGUGAAAUAUACCAGAUUUGUAGUUCAUGGCCUAAUGAAUGGGCACAAGUACAUCUUCCGUGUGAAAGCCGUGAACGCUGUGGGGGUCAGUGAACUCUCUCAGGAGUCGGAGCCCAUCGUUGUCCAAGCAGCUCUGAGAGGAGGGGUUCCUCACGCCAUCCCAUCAUCGCCCUAUGGUAUAACCCUCCUUGACUGUGCCAACAACUCCAUGACAUUGGGCUGGAAGAUGCCCAGGUUCACCGGGGGAUCAGAUAUCACUGGGUACUUCAUGGACCAUCGUGAAGUUACUGACCUCAGAUGGCAUGAGAGUAACGUUAAAGCAAUCACUGGAACGGUUUAUAAGGUUGAGCAUCUGAAAGAAGGCUCUUUCUAUGAGUUUAAGGUCAGCGCCAUGAACCUUGGUGGUGUGGGUAUCCCUUCAGAGUGCAGUCGACCUUUCAAAUGUGAAGCUUGGACCAUGGCUGAGCCAGGACCAACGUACGACUUGACCUUCUGUGAAGUGAGAAGCCACUCUGUGGUGAUCCUGUGGAAGCCGCCGAUCUACACCGGCAGUAGUGAUGUCACUGGCUACUUGGUGGACAUCUGUGAACUGGGCUCAGAAGAGUGGAGAACUGUGACAGAACAGCCCGUAAGCACCCGCUACCUGAAGGUUACUCAGUUGGAGGAAGGGAAGAGAUAUAUUUUCAAAGUCCGAGCAGUGAACUCGCAUGGAAAAGGGAUGCUAUCUGAGCCUUCGGAGCCCGUGCUGGUUCAUACCAGACCAGGAACCAAAGAGAUCUCAGCAGGUGUGGAUGCCAAUGGCAACAUCUAUCUGAGCUUCCAAUGCUCCGACAUGACCGAUGCCUCCCAGUUUACCUGGGGCCUGGGCUAUGAGGACAUCACUGACUUCUCCCGGGCUCACGUUGAAACAGAGGGUGACACAUCCAAGUUGAUCUUUAAACGCCCGGACAUAUCAGACUUGGGAACAUACUCUGUUGCUGUCUCAGACACGGACGGUGUCUCCUCCAGCUUUGUCUUGGAGAAGGAAGAAAUGGAACGCUUGCUGGCAUUGAGUCAUGAGAUUAGGCAUCCAACGAUCCCAUUGAAACAUGAAUUAUCCUAUGAAGUCUUUGAAAAAGGGGAAGUCCGUUUUUGGCUUCAAGCUGAGCAUGUAUCAGCUGAUGCUCAGUGCAAGUUCAUUGUCAAUGAUCUGGAACUGAAAGACAGCAAGGAACACAAGAUAACAUUUGAUAAAUCUACUGGUAUGAUUGAGAUGGUCAUGGAACAGUUCACAAGUAAGAAUGAAGGGACUUAUACCGUUCAAAUUGAGGAUGGAAAGGCCAAAAACCAGUCCUCACUGGUUCUAAUUGGAGAUGCAUUUAAGGCUGCUCUGGCAGAAGCAGAAUUCCAAAGGAAAGAAUUCCUGAGAAAACAAGGUCCCCAUUUUGCAGAGUAUAUGCACUGGCAUGUGACAGAGGAGUGUCAAGUUGAGUUAAUGUGCAAGGUGGCAAACACGAAGAAAGAGACGGUGUUUGUUUGGUACAAGGAUUCUGUGCCCGUUACUGUUGAAGAGCCGCCUAAUUUCGAGACAGGAGUGUGCAAGAUGCCCAUUCCAGAGUUCUCCAAGAAGGACAUGGGUGAAUACCAGAUGACACUGAAGGAUGAGAAAGGUCAAGAUACCUCCGUACUGGAAGUGGCUGGGAAAGUGUACGAGGAGAUUGUUCAGGAGAUCAGCAGAAUCAGUGGGCUGUCUGCUUCUGAGCUGAAGAUAAAGUGCACCCCAGAAGGAAUAAGGAUCUUGUCCUUCCUGAAGUACUACAUGGAGGAUAUGAAGGUUUUCUGGUAUCACAAAGAUUCGAAGAUUGCUUCAUCUGAAAAGAUGAGAAUUGGUGGAAGUAACGACCAGGUUUGGAUGCAGGUCUGUGAACCCACGGAGAAAGACAAGGGCAAAUACACCAUGGAGAUCUUUGACGGCAAAACCUCUUACAAACGGAACCUGGACCUGUCGGGAGAGGCUUACACUGAAGCAUAUAAUGAAUUCCAGAGACUCAAAGCUGCAGCUUUUGCAGAAAAGAAUCGUGGCAAAGUUUUAGGCGGAUUGCCUGAUGUGGUCACCAUAAUGGAAGGCAAGACACUGAGCCUCACAUCCACCGUAUUUGGAGACCCAAUUCCUGAGGUGACCUGGUUGAAGAAUGACAGAGACCUGGAGAUGAAUGACCACCACACUGCGACCCUCGAACAGGGGAAGUUUGCCUCGCUCACCAUCAAAUGCGUCACCACAGAGGAUUCUGGGAAAUACAGCAUUAAUGUCAGGAACAAGUACGGUGGUGAAACGAUUGAUGUCACUGUAAUUGUCACAAGAAAGCUUGCUAAAUGUUGCAUUACUGUCCACAAGAUUGAGGGGGCCGUUGAUUCAGAACCCGUGAUCCAAGAGAAGAAGCCGAUCAAAGGCAGACUGGACAUCCGGUGAUGUUCGGCGUGGAGCACUUGUGUUUAAACUCAGUAUUCACGUACACGUGUGGACUGGUGCACCCUUAUAAUCUGAGUGCAGCACUGGUACUGAAGGGGUUAAUUCACUUCCACUCACCCCUGCUCCCUUCCUUUUGUAAAAUAGGCCUUAAUGCACUAAAUUAAAGAAUAAAUUUAAAUUCAGAUUCCCAUUUUUCAAAACAUAAAUCAGGCCAUGGAAUACAGGAGUUAGAAUGGCAUAUUGAAAUUGUAUAAGAUGUUGAUGAGUGCAGUUCUGGUCACCUACAUACUGGAGAGAUUUCAAUAAGAUUGAAGGAGUGCAGAGAAAAUUUACAAGGGUGUUUCCAGGACUUGAGUAUCUGCAUUAUAGGGAAAAAUUGAAUAGGUUCCCUGGAAUGUGGAACAAUGGGGGCAAUCUUACAGGGUACAGAUAGGGUAAAUGCAGAUAGGCUUUUUCCCCUCAAGUUGGGAGAGACUAGAACUAGAGGUCAUAGGUUAAGGAUGAAAGGUGAAAUGUUUAAGGAGAACCUGAGCAGGAACUUCUUCACUCUGAGGAAGGUGCAAGUGGGGGAAGAACUGCCAGUGGAAGUGGUGGAUUCAGGCUCAAUUUCAGAACUUAAGGGAAGUUUGGAUAAGUACAUGAAUGGGAGCGGUAUGGAAGACUAUGGUUCGGGUGAAGGUAGGUGGGACCAGGCAGAAAGCCAGGAUGGCAUAGACGAGACAGACUGAAGGGACAAAGCAGAUAAACUGAACCUUGAACCUACUGCAACAGUCAGGAAGGUUGACGCUAUAGUCUUGCCUCCACUACACUUCCUACUAUGUAGAUUUUGAGAGUCCACAUUGUAAUUUGAUCUAAUAAAGAAAAAACAUCAAUAGAAGCAAUUUCAUAAUUUUCUUCUGCAUGCUUUAGAUCUGUGGCAAUGCAGAAAUGAAGAUGGCACAGAGGAUUUUGUAAGCUAUAAACAAUGGGACACACAAAUUCAUCAUUCCUCUUAGAAAUCUGGUUUAUUCCUCAGGCUACAAUACAACACACACACAAUUGAGGAACUCAGCAAGUCAGGCAGUAUCUAUGCAGGGGAACAGGAGCACAGAAAAAGGCCCUUGGCCCAACUUCUCUAUGCCGACUACAGCAUCUUCCCUGAUAGUCGAUAUUUCAGUCUGAAACCCUUUAUCAGGACUAGGAAGGAAGAGGGCAGAAGCAAGAAUGCGAAUUGGGGGAUGGAGGGGGAGGAGCAGGAAGGAGUAGAAGCUGGCAGGUGAUAUGUAGAAGAGGUAAAGGCUGAAAAAGGAAUCUUGGAGGAGUGGAAUGUGGACCAUGGAAGAAAGAGGAGGAGGAGGGGCACCAGAGAGAGGUGAUGAACAGGUAGGGAGAAGAUAAGUGGUGAGAAGGGAACCAGAGAGACUGCCUUAAUAUAUGUCAGCCAAUGUAGACACAAGACCAUAAGAUAUAGGACCAGAAUUAGGCCAAAUGGCCCAUCUAGUAUGCUCCACCAUUUCAUCAAGGUUGAAACAUACAGCACAUUACAGGCCCUUCAGCCCACAAUGUUGUGCCAACCAUGUAAUCUACUCUAGGGACUGCCUAGAAUUUCCCUACAGCACAGCCCUAUAUUUCUCUAAGCUCCAUGUACAUAUCUAAGAGUCUCUUAAAAGAGCCUAUUGCAUCUGCUUUUACCACCUCCACUGGCAGUGUAUUCCACACACCCACCACUCUGUGUGAAAAACAUACCCCUGACAUCCCCCUUGUACCUACUUCCAAGCACCUUAAAACUAUGCCCCCUCAUGAAACAUUUCACUCUCAGUCCCAAUCUCCUCCCUACUCCCUGUAUCCCUUUGUUUUCUGACUGAUCAAGAACCUAUUAACCUCUACCUUAAAUAUACCCAAUGACUUGGCCUCAACAGCUGCCUGUGGCAACAAAUUCCACAGAUUCACCUCUCUCGGGCUAAAGAAUUCCUCCUCUCCAUUCCAAAUGGAUAUCCCUCUAUUCUGAGACUGUGUCCUUUGGUCUUAGAGGACCCCAACAUCGUAAACAUCCUUUCCACAUCCACUCUCAGAAUCAACAAACUCAUUCGUAGGGCCAGUGAUGUUGUGGGGAUGCAACUGGACUCUCUCACGGUGGUGUCUGAAAAG